AUGUCCGACCAAGAGUCCUCGCUCAACUGGGGCGACGAGUUUUCCUUCCUCAUCUUCGACUACUCUCUCCUCUCUAAUGACGAGACUUUGAUUCAGCUCUUUCUAGCAUGUGUGAUGAUCAGGCAACAGUCAAUCGGAAAAGGCGACGAAGAACAGAAUAUUGAUCCUUCACACUGGGUGUACUACCCCUGGCGUGUCAUGGAGGCCAUCAAGCCGCGUUUCGGUGUAGAAGUUCAAGAUGAAGGUGGGUUUCAAAUCGACCUGAGCUCUGAAAGCGCACCGGCUAACCCGGUGCCUAUCCCCGGCACUGGUCAUCACUUCGAGCAAGGCAAGUGGCUAACACAUCCACCGCACGAUGCCGAUCUGCCCUCACCACAAGACGAUGCGAUGCUCGCAUACCUCCGUGAGGAAUUCGACAAGGGGAGCGCAAUCACCGGCGAACCAUUCAACGUCCGAUAUGAGUUGGGUCUGUUCCACCGGGACCUCUACCAGCAACUCACUUUGUACCACUACCGCAAACUGCGCAGUGUCGGUCCCAUUACAAGACAAGCCGUCGCUGCGCGAGCCAACAUCAUGUGGGCGAAUAACCCAUCCCUACGCCACUUUGAGCAGCAGCACGAGACCGUGCCAUGGGGUGUUACCGUACUCUUUCUCACGUUUCAGUUCUUCAACUUCCUCCCGGCGCCCAUCAGCCCAGACCCGGAACUGGAGCGGUCGUGGAUCAGUGAAUUCCAGAUCGUCUGUAGUCCUGUCGCCCGCAUAGCCUACGUCCGGAUCAGGCCGGGCCGUGAUACCGUGAACGAGAUGACGGUCCAGGAGGCGGAGUGGAUGAUUGGCGGGAUGAGGUUGCUUCACAUGGAGAUGCUGCGUGUCUGGGGGCUGCGUCGACGUCGAACGAUGUUCUGGUCGGGUGAGGAUUUGGCAGCAUUUGCGCGUGAUGUCUUUGAUGGUGCUGCGGCGAGGGAGAGGAUUUAUUUGGAUCCAAUUUUGAGUGCCAAGGAGCAUUGGACGUUCAUACGGGAGGCGGAGGGUGUUUGA